AUGGACGGUGAGACUUGUGUGGAGCAGAGGAAUGGAGACGCCGCUGUCGACCAAGUCAAGCCAACAGCACCUUUCAGAUACACAAAGGAAGAAUUGCUAGAAAUCAAGGAAUUGCCAGUCUCCAACGAAAGGCCCGAAUGCCUCUCUGAAAAAUAUGACAGUGAUGGUGUCUGGGAUCCUGAAAAGUGGCAUGCCUCACUGUAUCCCUCAUCGGAGCGAAGCUCUCCUGUGGAAGGGUUGAAGAAGGAUUAUGGAGACGAUAGAGUUCCUUUAAAACGAAGAAUCCCAGAUCCUCGAGAGCGGAUAAAGGAAGAUGAACUUGAGGUGGUUCUUAGUCCUCAGCGUCGUAGCUUUGGUGGUGGAUGUCAAGGAAAUGCUGCGCCACUGUCUCAUGUAAGACGGCCAGUCAGCCCCUUGGAAAAUAAAGAGAAUGAGAGCCUUCGGCUUGGAGGGGCGCGCAGAAUUGGCAGUGGACGCAUAAUUGCAGCACGAACAUUUGAGCGAGAACCCCGUAUGGAAAAGGAGCGGGAGCGAGACUUUAAAGAUAAGAGAUUCAGGAGAGACUUUGGAGACAAGAGAGUGUUUAAUGAGAGGAGGAGAAAUGAUUCGUAUGCAGAAGAGGAGCCAGAAUGGUUUUCUGGGGGGCCUACAAGUCAAUCUGAGACUAUUGAGCUUAUUGGGUUUGAUGAUAAAAUUCUGGAAGAUGACAGACGCAAGUCCAGAAGAACUAAGAAAAAGACUGAAUCUGUGAGAGAAGUAGAGUGUAAUGGUGGGCAAGGUGAUGAACCUGGUGUAAUUUUCCAAUCUACGGCUGACCAAGAAGUUCCACACACAGAUGUUCUACCGGAGCAGUCUACGGGAGACUUUGACUUCAAUGAGUUCUUUAAUUUGGAGGGAAUGCCAGGACUGGCAUCUAUGAUCGAAGAUGUCCUUGGAGAAGGCCCAGUGUCUGCGAGUCGUUUCAGUCAGUGGUUUUCAACCAACUUAAGUCCCUCGGGCAGCCGGUCCAGUAGUUUACGAUCUACUCCUCAUGAGGAACUGGAAAGGCUAGCUGGCCUGGAACCGAACAAUGGGCCUGCACCAUACUUUACACCUAUUCCAUCUGAUUGCAAAGAUAAGGUUGACAUCCUGGAGAUGCUGCACAAGGCUAAAAUUGACUUGAAGCCUCUGCUUUCAACACUAACAGUCAACAAAGCACGGCUUCAGGAAAGCAGUCACUCUGGAGUAGUGUUGUCCCUUGAAGAGGUCGAAGGAGAGAUGAAGGGGAUGAAGAUUGUUUCUGAUAUACAACCACGAAGAGUACAAACUCCGCCUCAGGGCAAUGGGACCCCUUUUAUGGCUGAACAUUUAGAGGAAGCACUAACUGGUGGCACUGGUUCACGGCCACGAUCACGGGACACUGAUAUGUCUGCUUUUAAUAAGUUGGUCAGCAGCAUGAAGGCAAGUGGAACUCUUCCAGUCCACCCCAAAGCCAGCUCUAAUAAUAAAACACCAGAAUCUUCCAUGGUUGGUUUGACAGACGCCCAAGUGCAAGGAGAACAGCAAAAAAACGUAUUCCAGGAGCUCCUAGGUCCUUGUAGCUCUCCCCCAUUACUUGGGAACCUACUUACUCCAUCUGAAGGACCAAACUCUUCUGCUCUCCUGCAAGGACUCUUGCACAAGAAUCCUCCUCCCCUCUUUUCUCAUCGAGCCACCUCACCCAAUUACUUUAACAGCCGAAUGCAGUCUUCGGGAGGUUUUCCAAUUGGUUCCCAGUCAAUUCUGCCUGAACAGUUUGCUGACAUGCGCAGAGCAAUUAGCCCAGAAACAAUCACUCAACAGAUGAGGGUGCCCAUACCAGUGAACAAGGAAGACUUGGAUGCACUAGCAUUCCAACAGGACCUUGCCAUUCACGCCCACCACUCUUUCCAGUCUGGCUAUAAGAUGCCACAGGAUAAAUCUUAUAGAAAUCGGCGCAUGAACCGGUCCCCUGGCCCUCCACCUGCAGGAAGAAACUCUCCCAACAAUGCUGUCACAAUGCUGUCUCCAUCUUUUACUCCAACAUCUGUGAUUCGAAAGAUGUAUGCAACAAAAGAUAAAGGCAGAGAAGAGCCAGGAAGUCAUUCUGAGAGUAAAGAGGAUUCAUCUAUUGCUAGUAAUUCUCAAACUGAUAAUGGAAUGUUAAAUUUGUAUCCAGAAUCGGCAGAUGGGGCGCAUGCUUCCUCUGGGAAGGCUGGCUUUCCCUCACAGUCUAGUAAAGAGCAGGACAGACUCCGGUCCAGUGGACACAAUCUCCCUAAUCUUGGGCCACCUGGCCCCACUUCAUCGUUCCAUCGUUCUGUCUACCCAGUCCCUUUGAUCCCCCACGUGCCUAUGGUCCGGCCCCCUCCCCAGCUGCACCCAAAUGUGGUUCAGCGAAUGCUAGCUCAGGGCAUCCAACCUCAGCAACUUGGGCCAGCUCUUAUGCAAGCAGGUAUAAUUCCUCCUCACAUGGAUCUAGCACAACUUCAAGGCUUGCCUUCUGCCCUUCUUGGUCCCCCACUGUAUCCUCUUAAUGCGGCAGGCCAUCCACUGCUCCCUCCCAGAUCUAAUGCUCAGAUGCAGUUGGCUGCAAUACAGCAACUUCAGCAACAAAGACAAAUGCAUCCUGGUGGCCCCCACUCAAACCAGGGACCUCAUAGAACCAGCAGCUCACAGAGACAUGGAAGUCCGCCUCUUGGCCUCUCUAAAUGGUUUGGAUCAGAUGUGCUUGAGCAGCCGCUGCCGUCCAUGCCAGCCAAAGUCAUUAGUGUGGAUGAGUUGGAGUUUCGACCAUGA